CUUCACGUCAGUAUACAGGGUGCGUGAAGGCACGAAUCGCGGUAUCUGGAUGUUAGGCAACUUGUACGCACUGUGUGCUGCUAUCACAAUGAUUCAUGUAAUGAAUAUGCAAAUCUUAAAUAAACAUUCAUUUUUAUUCCUGCGAAAUACGAUAUGCCUUCUAGAUUUCUCCAGACGGUUUAUUGUUUGCUAUACAAGCAACUUCAAUUUAUUGUGUUUAGUCUUAGUUUUAACCAGGGGUUGAAACCCAUAUGGACUAUAAGUUUCGGUUCCGCACUACUUAGGUAGAAUUAUUUCCGGUUCCGGUUCUGUGACUUCAAUAGUUUUUCCGGUUCCAUUUUUUCGUUUUUUAAGCGUUCCAACAUACAUGAAUCAAACAUAUAUUUUAGGAAGAAAUAAUACACAAAAUCAGUGCUGGGCUUAACUCCCAAGUUGUACGCACUAAAGUAAUACGGAAAUAAAAGCAACAGGGCCACGUUUAAAAAUAGUCACCGGAAUGACCGGAAAUUCUUCUCGGCUGGUAGGGUUCCGUUGGAAACCGCAGAAUGCCAUUGUGGCCGAAUGAGAGGACCAGUGGACUGGAUGGAGAGGGCCGUCUGAAGCCUACGUGCAGGUUCUGUGGGGAGGCAGAUGAGACUACCGAGCUAGUGGUCUGUCCCUGUGACGCCCUGAUCAGAGACGGCUAUCCAGAACCGUGGAGGGUGAAGCAACUUAGCCUAAACCUGAUCCUAUCCUUUAUUGCGAGGAACGGGCUCAGAACCUAAAAAGGGAAUGGGCAGAAUGGGCCCUAGUGCUGACUUGUCGGGCUCCCCUGUAAAUAUAAUAGAAUAUACAGGUCUGUUGAAUGUAACACAGUGUAUAUUACGGCCACCGAAAAAGUCGGGCGCAUGUGCGCCACUUCCAACACAAACUGCUAGCUGUUUCACAAAAGUUACGUUGGAAAAUGAGGAAAAUAACCUUAAAAACGAAGCAAAAAUUAUCUUUUUUAGGUUUAACGUAGAAUAUAGUGGCGGUCUUUUCCAUAAUUGCUAAUCGAACGUGUUUUAAUUUGGGUAAAAACGCUAAAUACAACAUUCUUAGGUUUGAUAGUAAACAAAAUGGCGACCGCCGAUAGUAUGAGAUAUGGAGAUUUAUGUAGACUCUGUGCUACCAAAACGAACAUGGUCUUAGCUAUAAACAUUUUCGAAAACGAGGGCACAAUGCGAGAGAUUAACAAGAAAAUUGAAUCCUGUCUUCCAAUUCGAGUUCACGAAUCGGACGAAUUACCCAAAAUGAUCUGCGAAAGCUGUCUGUACAAACUAGAGCUGUUUUUUGAUUUUCGGGAACGCUCGGUACGGACCGAGAGCAUUUUAAUUACGCUUUUAAAGGAGAUCAGUUCGACCAAACUGAAUCAGCAGGAAAUCAACGUUCCUCAUCUCGAGCCUACCGGGAUGAUUAUGAUACAGCACCAGCCUCUUUUGGCCGCUCACGAAAUGCCGAACGAGAUUGAUCUCGUGCACCUACAGCAGCGGGACCUGAUAGUCCAGCACGAGAUCAUCCUCUCGCAGCAGAACGUCGACAUGACUCACCCGUUGGCCAACAUCCACCUGACCGGGCAGGAGACGAUGCUGGUAAACGACGGAUACCACGCCGAGAACCUGCUCGUGCAGCAGGAGCAUCUGCUGACCGAUCAGUAUCGCCUUCACGUGAACAUCGCCGAAAACCCGAGCAUCGUAGGCGAGCUGCCGCAAAUCGAAGUGGCGGAGGAGGAGGAGGAAGACGAGGAGAAGAAGUCGAUCGACGACGGAGACGACCCGAAGCCGCCGUCGUGCGAGAACAGUAACGGGAGCGCGUUGAGUACGACGAAUUCCGGUGAGCCCGGCGAGUGGUUGCACUGCAACAUGUGCGGACGGAGCUUUAACGAAAAGAUCGAAUUUCAGAUGCACUACGAGCAGCACUUUAAUAAGUGCGCGAUCUGUUUGGCCGUGUUUACGAAUCGUGAUGCUCUGAACGAGCAUCGUAAGGAGAUGCACGGGUCGAGUGUCGAGGAGAUAAAGCCCAUAAAAACACGUUUGAAACGGGCCACCGUACCAAUAAAAAAGGAGCACGAUGGCGUUAAGCUGGAGGGCGACAGCGACAGCGAGGACGCGGCAGCGGAAAACGUCGACGACGAGGAGGACGAGGACGAUCCGGAAGCGGACGUGUCGGUGUCGCCCACUUUAAGACGUAAGAAGUGGACGCCGAAGGAGUGCAAGGAGUGCGGUAAGACGUAUAAGACCAAUUACAAGCUGGCGGAGCACAUGCGCAAGCACACCGGGGAGAAGCCCUACCAGUGUAUCUCGUGCGAGAAGGCUUUUCGCUCGAAGAUCGGUCUCGCACAGCACGCGGCCAAGCAUACAGGUCAGUACGAUCUGUCUUGUCCGACGUGCGGGAAGGGUUUCCAGUGCAAAAGCUACCUGAUGGUCCACCAACGCGUACAUUCCGACGUAAAACCGUACCCGUGCACGACUUGCGGAAGAAACUUCAAGACGAAACAGUCCCUCCUCGACCACACGAAUCGUCACUUGGGUGUCAAACCUUACAUGUGCGACAUCUGCGGGCGCGGAUUUAUAACGAAAGGUUUGUGCAAAGCCCACCAGAAGGUGCACACCGGACUGGAUAAUCGUAAAUACUCCUGCAAAGUGUGUAACAAAAUGUUCGUCUCAAAAAGUUACCUACAAACGCAUUUACGAAUUCACACAGGCGAAAAACCUUUCAUGUGCGAGGUCUGCGGCAAGGGUUUCCUGACGCGCGUCGACCUUCGCAUACACUCGACGAUGCACACCGGCGAAAAGUCGUACGUCUGCGAGAUGUGCGGCAAGGCGUUCGCGCGACGCGACGCGCUACGAUGCCACCGUCGCUCGCACACCGGCGAACGGCCGUACAGCUGCGACCAGUGCGGGCAGACGUUCACGCAAUUCUCACCGAUGGCGAUCCACAAGAGGCUGCACACCGGCGAGCGGCCGUACGCGUGCGAGGUGUGCGGUAAAACGUUCGUCUCACGUUCGACGAUGAUGUCGCAUUGGAAAAAGCAUGUUAGGUAGUUUAUCUCUAUCUUUCUCUCCGUCUGUCUCUCUACAAUUCACAAAGACCAUAAAGACUGUACCAAUAUAAUUUUAUUGAUUUUUACUUAAUAAAUCUUUUUUCUAUUGAAA